AGACUCUACAGGGGCAGGUAAUUCACUGGUCCACAAGCGGUCUCCUUUACGUCGAAACCAAAAGACCCCAACAUCCUUGACCAAGCUGUCUUUACAGGAUGGACAUAAAGUCAAAAAGCCAGCAUGUAAAUUUGAAGAGGGUCAGGAUGUCCUAGCUAGAUGGUCAGAUGGCUUGUUUUAUCUUGGAACUAUCAAAAAGAUAAACAUAUUGAAACAGAGCUGCUUCAUCAUAUUUGAAGACAGUUCUAAAUCUUGGGUUCUCUGGAAGGACAUUCAAACAGGAGCCACUGGUAGUGGGGAAAUGGUCUGUACAAUAUGUCAAGAAGAGUAUUCAGAAGCUCCCAAUGAAAUGGUUAUUUGUGAUAAGUGUGGCCAAGGAUAUCAUCAGUUGUGUCACACACCUCAUAUUGAUUCCAGUGUGAUUGAUUCAGAUGAAAAAUGGCUCUGUCGACAGUGUGUUUUUGCAACAACAACAAAGAGGGGUGGUGCGCUUAAGAAAGGACCAAAUGCCAAAGCAUUGCAAGUCAUGAAGCAGACAUUACCCUAUAGUGUGGCAGACCUUGAAUGGGAUGCAGGUCAUAAAACCAAUGUCCAGCAAUGUUAUUGCUAUUGUGGAGGCCCUGGAGACUGGUAUUUAAAGAUGCUACAAUGCUGCAAAUGUAAGCAGUGGUUUCAUGAGGCUUGUGUGCAAUGCCUUCAAAAGCCAAUGCUAUUUGGAGACAGGUUUUAUACGUUUAUUUGCUCUGUCUGCAGUUCUGGACCAGAAUACCUCAAACGUCUACCAUUACAGUGGGUAGAUAUAGCACACCUAUGCCUUUACAACCUAAGUGUUAUUCACAAGAAGAAAUACUUUGAUUCUGAACUUGAACUUAUGACAUACAUUAAUGAAAACUGGGAUAGAUUACAUCCUGGAGAGCUGGCAGACACACCAAAAUCUGAAAGAUAUGAGCAUGUUCUGGAGGCAUUAAAUGAUUACAAGACCAUGUUUAUGUCUGGGAAAGAAAUAAAGAAGAAGAAGCAUUUGUUUGGGUUGCGAAUUCGUGUUCCUCCUGUGCCACCAAAUGUGGCUUUCAAAGCAGAGAAAGAACCUGAAGGAACAUCCCAUGAAUUUAAAAUUAAAGGCAGAAAGGCAUCCAAACCUAUAUCUGAUUCAAGGGAAGUAAGCAAUGGAAUAGAAAAAAAAGGAAAGAAAAAAUCUGUAGGUCGUCCACCGGGCCCAUAUACAAGAAAAAUGAUUCAGAAAACUGCUGAGCCACCUUUGGAUAAGGAAUCAAUUUCAGAGAAUCCUACCUUGGAUUUACCUUGUUCUAUAGGGAGAACUGAGGGAACUGCACAUUCAUCCAAUACCUCAGAUGUGGAUUUCACGGGUGCUUCCAGUGCAAAAGAAACUACCUCGUCUAGCAUUUCCAGGCAUUAUGGAUUAUCUGACUCCAGAAAAAGAACUCGUACAGGAAGAUCUUGGCCUGCUGCAAUACCACAUUUACGGAGGAGAAGGGGUCGUCUUCCAAGAAGAGCACUCCAGACUCAGAACUCAGAAAUUGUAAAAGAUGAUGAAGGCAAAGAAGAUUACCAGUUUGAUGAACUCAACACAGAGAUUUUGAAUAACUUAGCAGAUCAGGAGUUGCAACUCAAUCAUCUAAAAAACUCCAUUACCAGUUAUUUUGGUGCUGCAGGUAGAAUAGCAUGUGGUGAAAAAUACCGAGUAUUGGCUCGUCGGGUGACACUUGAUGGAAAGGUGCAGUAUCUUGUGGAAUGGGAAGGAGCAACUGCAUCCUGACUGUAGGACUGAACAUUAUGUUCACUGCACUCUCAUUUUCUGUAGGUACAGUUCAAAGCCCUAAAGGAUAAAGGAGUCUGGCUUUUACUAUCUUUCUUAAAAAAAAAAAAAAAAAAAAAAAAAGUCAAAAAAGUUCACAAAAGGAGAUGAUACUAGCCUUAACAUGUACCUGUCAAUGUUAUGGAUAUUGUCAUAAAAAGAUAUCUUUUAAAAAUCAGAACAGAGACUUAAUUUUUUAAAUCUUAAGAUUUGUAGAAUGUUUCUAGGAUAGGAUAUUAAAAAUGAUUCAAAUCCAUGCAUGGUGUUAGAUAAUUUUUCUAAUUAUUCCAUUGAGUCAGUUUUUGUGAUUAGUGGUUAUCAGAUCAAACAGAUCAUGUAGAUAGAUAGCACAAGUAUUUGGAGAAACGUUGUCUGUUUUGUUACCAAAAUGUUGGAAAAAAUUUAUUUCAAUACCUUUCAGAUUUCAUAAAGUGCAGUGUAUAUAAUGCCUACUAAAAGACUGUAAAAUAUUGAAAUUUUCUUUCAAGCAAAGUGUAAAAAAUAUAUUGAGCCUGUAAAUUGCUCUGUGACUAGACUUCAUUGUCGUCUUAAUAUAUUCUUUGCAUGUGCAUAUAUAUACACAAGGGUGUAUAUAUAUGUGUGUGAUUAUGUGACCUAUGCAAUACAAAUUAUGGGAAUGGGCAGCUUUGGAGUAUAUAUCCCAUAAUUCUUUUUUCAGGAAUAGUUGCAGUAUUUACACAGCAGCAUUUCUUCUCAGGCUUUUAUUGGGUGCUGUUGCUUGCUAUGUAUGAAGAGAAAUGUGUCAAACAAGUUUAAAGUUUAGUGUGUUCUGAAGAAGGGUGUGAACAACAGUGUUCAUGGGCUUUUAGAAUGCUUUUCAGUUUCAGUCCUUGUAACUCAGCUGUUCAGUACCUAAAACCAAUUCAAAUAAUAUGAACAUUAUUUCCUACUAGAAGUAACGUUUUCAAGUUUUCAUGGCACAUUAUGAUUGUAAAUGUCUCUCAGUUUUAACAGUAAGUCUAUAGGAGUCCCGUGAAGAUUCCUGAAAUGUCUGUAGUAACUGUUAGUCAUGUUGAAUAAGUGUAGUAUGAACAAAGUAUUUUAUUGCACAGGGUUAACAAACAGUAUGUUGCCUGACAAGGCUACUGCUGUUUUAUUACAACAUUACCUCUUGUUUUUAUAAAAUGUACCAAGAUUUAAAUUGAUAACUUUAUUUUACAUGUAAAAAAACAGUUUCUUUUAUCACCAGUGUUAGAGUUGUCUUCUGUUUCUUUUUGUUUUGUUUUGUUUGUUUGUUUUCUUUUUUAGCCAAAGAGUAAACAGAAGAAUAUUCUUAUUUUGGUGGCUAUUCAUUUUACUCUUAAAAGUGAUUGGUGGAUUUUGCCUAAAAAUUGGGGAAUUUGCCGCCAAAAUGAAAAAUAUGUAAAGUGUAGUGGUUACAGAGCGGUAAAAAUGUGGGUUAGUACUUAUUUAUUCCAUUGAUUGAUUAUUUGACUGUUUAUAAAGAAAGUUGCUUUAUUUCUUUAAACAUCUUCAAAAGAUGACCUUUUCUUAUCACAUUAUAGCCAAAAGAAGCAGAGAACUUCGUUGUCCUGCAUUUGGUUCCUGGUUGGCCAGGUAUAAAUGAGCUUUACAAAAGUGCAAAUUAAAAACUGUCACUUCUGUUUACCUCCACCAAAACUUGAUUUUCCCCUAGCUAUUAAUUUAAAGUUGCCUUUCCUGCAGCUGCAAUAUUUUGAAUAACACACAGAGUUUGUGUUGAUUUUGAAUGUUUGUUUAUAUCUAGGGGUAAUGGAAAAUGUAAAUCCCGUGUAACCUUAUUCACUCCACCUGUAUCAUAUUAUUUCAUUUUCCCCAAAGUCCUUUAAUUCUAACUGAACACCAGCAGUAUUUUUAGUAACUCUUUCUUUAGUAUACUUGGAAGAUGAUUUAUUAAGCUGAACUGUCUUUAGACGUAAUUAUUGUGAAUGUCUGUCUUAUUUUAUCAUGGUGGUUCCACAUGGCUCUGAUGUUCAGUUUGUAUUUUUGGAAUUGCUUUACUUAGAAUUAAAACAGACCAACAUUAAAUGUGUGUAUUUUUUAAAGA